ACAUUCCAAAGGCAUUAAUAUCCCUCCCCCCCUUCCUCCGCUACAGAAAGCAAAGAGAUGGAAAGCUUAGGCACUCCCACCCACUCAUUCCCUCAAUCAUAAUACCACACACCGUCCACCUUUAUUUCCCAGCGUUUUCCUUACAAGAACCCAAAAUCUACUAUCCUUCCUAAUUCCCAGUUUCCACUUCAUUGUCUUUCUCUCUCUCUCUCUCCUCCCUCGCCUUCCCCGACCAGACUAGUCCUUUCAGAUUUUUGUAUCUUUCUCUCCUCUCCAAAACCAAUAUAAUAUUAUUUUUUUCCCUCUUAUUUUGUCUUUCUACUUGUUUCUCUUCAAUUUGGGUUAAAUUUUCCUUGAUCUGGAGAUAUCAUAUACUCUCCAACUAAGCAGAAAAGAAAAAAUGUCAGUAGAUUUGGCAUCAUCAGAACGUGUGUGUUAUGUUCACUGCAACUUCUGCAACACCAUUUUAGCGGUGAGUGUUCCAUGCAGCAGUAUGCUCACCAUUGUGACAGUUAGAUGUGGGCAUUGUGCCAAUUUGCUGUCUGUAAACAUGGGAGCUUUACUUCAAGCUGCUCCUCCCCAAGAAGCCCAGUUGCAGAAACAGCAGAUAAACUGUCAAGAUUCGAAUGAAUUUGGUUCUUCUUCCAAAUCCAACAAGUUUUCUGGAUUUGAGUCCUCAGAGCACAACAAUGAUGCCCCCAGAAUGCCUCCCAUUCGCCCACCAGAGAAGAGACAACGCGUUCCGUCGGCAUAUAACAAGUUCAUUAAGGAGGAAAUCCAAAGGAUUAAGGCUAGUAAUCCUGACAUCAGCCACAGGGAAGCUUUCAGCACAGCAGCAAAAAAUUGGGCACAUUUCCCCCACAUUCACUUUGGGCUAAAGCUGGAUGGCAAUAACAAGCAACCAAAACUGGACCAGACAUUUGCUGAAGCCACUCAAAAGUCCAAUGGGUACUACUAAAACCCCAUUUCCUCUCUAUAUAUGAUAUAUUUGUACAAUAUAUUUCUGAAAAACAGUAUAUGCAUAAAGGUCUCCUAAUACCCAACAGGAUGACACCAACUCCUACCUAUAUAUAAAGUGUGCCCUAACUCUUUAAAGAAGUUCAUGUUUAGCAAACAUUUUCAAGAUUAAAUAUAUGCAAUAUUUAUCAUUCCAUAUGAAAUAUAUUAUGUGCAUAACA